CGGACGAGCGCGAGGGAUUGAUCAUGGCGCCAGGCCCAGGUUCGUGCGAUCGCUCAAGAUUCUGGUUUUGCUAUGCGCCGUGGCGGUUUCUUGGAUAUCUGAGGCAAAUUCCUGAAAAUGCAGCUCGAUUUCUCGCACUAGCUUGCAUUCUUGCACUCGCGCAGCUCUUUCGUGCUCAAGAUCAGCCGCUGGUUCAGGAGAAUGCCGCAGUACCGCUCGUUCCAGCGUAUUUCGUCUACGGCGACUCCACUGUCGAUGUCGGCAACAACAAUUUCCUCAGGACGCUGGCCAGAGCCGAUAUUCCUCCGUAUGGCAAGGAUUUCGACACUCACGAGCCAACUGGACGAUUUAGCAAUGGCCGCUUGAGCAUCGACUACCUUGCAAAGUUCAUCGGGCUUCCUUUCCCGGCUCCUUUCCUGAGCGGACUUAACAUCACUACCAUGCGACACGGUGCCAACUUCGCUUCUGCUGGGGCUGGAAUUCUCAGUGAAAGUGGUGGCGACCUGGGCCAACACAUUCCUCUGGUCGAACAGAUCCAGCAAGUGUCUGAUUUCAAAGACCAACUGGUGUUUAAUCACGGACGAGAAGCUGCUCGCAAGUUGAUGUCCAGAUCUCUGCACUACAUCUCCAUCGGAAGCAACGACUUCAUUCACUACUACUUGAGGAACGUCUCCGGUGUAGAAUCUGACAUCUCGCCACUGGACUUCAACAACUUGCUCGUAGCAACGCUGGUUUCACAGCUCAAGAUCUUGUAUGAUGUCGGCGUUCGUAAAAUGGUCGUCGUGGGUAUUGGUCCUCUCGGAUGCACACCUUACUUUCUAUACGAAGACGGCAGCAAAACGGGUAGCUGUAUCUCCGAGAUCAACUUCAUGGUGGAGGAAUACAACAACGCUUUACGAGUCGAAGUGGAGAAGAUGUAUGAAAGCCACACAGAUCUGGACGUUAUCUACUGCGACAUAUACGACGGUUUGUUCCCGAUCGUCCAGAAUCCUUCGAGCUUUGGUUUCCAGACUGCAACCGUCGCGUGCUGUGGUAUGGGACGAUUCGGAGGGUGGCUGAUGUGCUUGCUCCCAGAAAUGGCCUGUCACAACGCAAGCACCCACGUAUGGUGGGACGAGUUUCAUCCGACUGACCGUGCCAACGAGUUCUUGGCGAAGUCCAUUUGGUCCGGCGAUUCGUUCCAACUCUGCCACGAGAUGACGCUCCAGCAACUGAUAGCUCAACCGGAUCGUAGCUCCGCGCCAUAGGAGUUCGCUCUUUCUUUCGUUCUUUUUUUUUUUUCUCUGCGAUUCUUAACGUGGGGGUUCAUGUGAACAGUGAUGUCGAUUGGCAGACCAAAAUUUCAGUAGCUACAUUUUUCC